AUGUCUUUGAUCCUCUCGUCGCAUGGGUCUUGGAUUAAUUUGAUGUCGGAGUCAUAUGGCGUGAAAAUCAAGGUAGAUGAAUCAUCGGAUUUGAUCCGCGUUCAUGGUACUCGACGCGCCUGUGAAUCAGUGCGAGAAAGCGUGAAGACAUAUUUUUCAACCAUCUGUACCGAGUCAAUAGAUCUGCCAUUUCUCAAGAAACUUCGGGCGGAUAAAGAUGAUAAAACACGAACAAAUAUCCUUCAAUGGAUAGGAAAGACGUAUGGCACAUUCAUACGAGAUCAGGGUCGGAGUUCAAUGGCUUCGAUGUCAUAUUUUGAAGACAAUAAGAGCAAAUUCAACAAAGCUCGGCGACAGUUGGAAUUCGCGAACUUCAUAACAGCGGCAAAACCAGUGCCUUUUUGUUCCUACGUUCCGUCAUCUACUGCCGGUUCUAUGAAAGUCAUCUCGCCCAAGCGUGUUGCAGUCUUGUCCCAGCUUGACAGAGAAAAAUUAUGGUCAAGAUGGGCUAUACCAUUUAUACGCGGGGACUUUGUCAGAGAUUCUGCACCGCCGUUGUUUAGCGAAUAUUCUCCCAAUCUUUCUUCCGAGAUAUUGCAAGUCUUGAGAGAAGAUACUUCUCAUUCGCACCAACCAGACGUCGAGGAAAAAUUGACGGCAGCAGUUGGUCAAUGUCUCUUUGAGACACGCACCGAAGAUGGCGUGACAGCUCUUAGUGCCAGCCAAUUAGGAGAACUAUCUGUACCUCGUCUCUGGCAUGGAUGGCUUCCCAAAGCUCGAACCUUUGUAGAACUUCUUCGAAAAUUUCCAGGGGAGAAAAGAUUCGGUAACUCGCAUCAAUUCAGAAUGAUUCCGUGCAACCAGAACAACUAUACCUUGCCUAUUCUUGAAGUGGAACUUUCUUACCCUUGGACCAAAAACGAACCGGACAGGAUCCCGUUUAACGAAGCCGAGCUAAAGAGCGUCAAAGCGGUCGUGGAGGAGAACAGUGUUGAUUAUCUCCUUCCUGAGUGCAAUCACGACCUUCGCUUCACACGAACGCUCACUCGAAAUAUUCUUGGAGCACCUGAACAUGAAGCUAUUGAUACAUUGCGCAUGGCAAUUCUGAAUCCCCUCGAGGAAAUGAUAAAUCAACCGCAGAUGCCAUUCCCGCUUACCUGUGAAGUGCCAAUUCCGAGAUCUUUGCUGCUUUGUGACAGCUCGGUAGAAGGAGCUCAAGGUGCCUCCUCAAACACUAUUGAGACCAAGCCUGAUGCGGAUACCAUAGUAGGAAAAUACUGGUUUCCUAGUGCGCAGAGCUUUUUGGGAACCUUGUUCCGCUCCUAUGACUUUAUGGGAGAGAAGCUGAGUUUUUGCCAUACCGAUGGUGGAUUUCUAGGUGUGCAGAGAGAUGAUCACAUCAGCCUUCAGAUGCUUGUCAACAAGGAGGCGAACUUAUCUUUACCACCCAUACCUCCCAAUGUCCAAGACGGAAACACAAACCCUGCAGAGACCCCAUUGGAGCAGGAGUUUCGCUCUUUCUACCGCACAUCGUGUCAAUUGGCAUUUUCCUUAAGUCAAUAUUCGAGGAAAAGAAAAUAUUAA